AGCCCAGGACUGGGGUCUCCGGCUGGGGUCCCCAGCGGCCGGUGGGAGGACUUGGCCCCUGCGGUGCCCGGUCCUCCGCGGGAGGAGCGGCGCGCGUGGGGCUCGAAGCCCGGCCGCGCGUUUUCGGUUUCCCCUUUUCCUUCUCAAGCCUCUCCCACUUCCUUUUCCCACCGGUCCCCUCCCGUCCGCUCAGUCCGGGUCCCGGGGGCCGCGCCUCCCGCAGGGUCCCGUCCGCCUCCCCCGGGACCAAGGGGAGGCGAAUUCCUGCGGGUCCCAGGAGUGCCAAGAGUGCGGCGCAAGACGGGAAAUUGCAAAAGUCCUCGCCCCUCUGCCCUCCCCCGCGGCUUUCCCGUAACUCCCGCCCCUCGGUGCUCGCCCCGCAGCUGAUUCAUAGCCCGGGCGCGGGGGCGUCCCAGCACGUCCGCCCCGCGUCCACACCGGCGUCCGCACGGGCGCCCCCGGCGCCGCUGAGGACGGGGCCCGGCUCGCGGAGCCCGCCGCCCGCGGGGAUACCUGGACCUAUGGCUUUCUUUGCAGUCUUUCAGAAAACACUCCUGUUAGCAUUGCUGUCCUGGAGGACUUUCUGGAGUGAAGUCUUGGCUGAAUAUGUAUCAUUGACUCCUGAAUCACUUAAAGUCUCCACCAAUUCUACUUGUCAGUGUCUGCAGUUACAAUGGAGUGUCCACCAACUUCCUCAUCAUCAGGAAUUGAAAAUGCUAUUUCAGAUGGAGAUCAGUAGAAUUAAACCAUCCAAUGUCAUCUGGGUGGGGAAUUACAGCACCACUGUGAAGCGGGACCAAGUUCUGCACUGGAGCUGGGAAUCCGAGCUCCCUUUAGAAUGCGCAACACACUUUGUAAGAAUACAGAGUAGGGCGGAUGAUGCCAAGUUCCCCGAACUGAGUAUCUGGAGCAAUUGGAGCUCAUGGGAGGAAGUUCAUGUUCAACGUUCUCUUGGACCAAAUACACUGUUAGUGUUCCCUAAAAAUAAGCUGGUGGAAGAAGGCUCCAGUAUCACCAUCUGUUAUAUUUCUGGGAUCAAUCACAAUAACAUAACCUGUUACUUGCAUGAAAAACUGAUUCAUGGAGUACAACUUGAUUCAAAUGCUUCUGCAUUCAAGUUGAAUAAUAUUCCUUUCAUUAGAAAAUCAGGGACAAAUUUCUUUUGUGAGGUGAACCAAACAGAUAUUAAAAGUGGCACCACUUUCUUUGUGUCAAAAGUACUCGAGGAACCCAAGAACUUUUCUUGUGAAACUCAGGACUUCAAGACCUUGAAAUGUACUUGGUAUCCUGGGGUGGACACUGGCUUGGACUGGAAUAUGCAGCCUUCCCAAAGCUACACUUUAUUUGAAUCAUUUUCUGGAAAAAAACAAAAUUGCAAACACAAGAACUCGUGCAAUUGGAAAAUAACUCAAGAUGUACAAGAAACAUAUAAUUUUACUCUCACGACAGCCAAUUACUUUAGGAAGAGAAGUGUUAAUAUUAUUUUUAACCUGACUCAUCGAGUUCAUCCAAUGGCUCCCCACAGUGUCCGUUUUGAAAGUAUAGGUGCCACGCCUGUCCUGAUGAGCUGGAAGGUGCAUGCCCUUGGGAAUUACUUGACACUCCAGUGUCAGGUUGAACUGCAAGGCGAUGGAAAAGUGAUACAACAGCACAGUGUUGACAUGAAGGUGAAUGGCAAGCUCCUCUUUGGGGAACUGGUGCCUGGUACAGAGUACAUGGCCCGCGUACGCUGUGCUAAUGCCAAGCACUUCUGGAAAUGGAGUGAAUGGACGGUUGAAAACUUUACCACCCCUGAAGCUGCUCCUUCCGAGGCUCCUGAUGUCUGGAGAACAGUGAAGUCAGAGAAUAGAAGUCAUAUUGUGACCUUAUUCUGGAAGCCACUCUCAAAACUUCAUGCCAAUGGCAAGAUCCUAUUCUAUAAUGUGGUUGUAGAAAAUCUCGACGAGCCAUCCACAUCAGAGCUCCAUGCCAUUCCUGCACCUGCCAGAGGCAUAAAGCUAACCCUUGACCAGUGUUCUUACCGAAUCCACAUCACAGCCAACAACAGUGUGGGCACUUCCCCGGCAUCCGUGAUUAUGGUCCCUGAAGACUCUGGAAACAGAACAGAAGAGGUUGAAGAAGAAAGAAUUAUUGGCAAAGAGGAUGGAUUCUUCAUAUCGUGGAAACCCCAGUCUGGAGACGUCAUAAGCUAUGUUGUGGACUGGUGUGAGCCUCAUCAGGACCUGUUCUGUGAUUUGCAGUGGAAGAAACUGGGUCCCAAUACCACAUUUUCACUCAUCAGCUCAGAUACUUUCAGACCGGGGGUACGAUAUAACUUCAGAAUUUAUGGAAUCUCUACGAAAAAGACUGCAUAUUUACUAGAGUAUAAAACAGGAUACUCCCAGGAACUGGCUCCUUUGGACAGCCCUCGUGUGGCCAUCGCUAACUUGACCUCCCGCUCCUUUGCUAUGACAUGGAAGGAUUAUUCCACUGUCCAGCCUGGUUUUAUACAAGGGUAUCGUGUCUACCUGAAAGCCAGGGCCAGGCAAUGCCACCCAGGAUUUGAAAAUGUGGUUCUUUCAGGUGUUUCAAUAUAUUGCAAGUACACCAUUGAUGACCCCCAAAAAAAGACAUUCGUUGUGGAAAACCUACAGCCGGAAUCCUCCUAUGAGUUUUUCGUCACUUCGUACACAGGAGCUGGCGAGGGUCCCAAUGGUACCUUCACAGAGGUCACAACACCAGAUGAGCACUCCCAUAUGAUGAUCCUCAUCAUCCUGCCCAUGAUUCUUGGUGUCUUGCUCAUCAUGCUAUCUUGCUACUGGAAAAGUGACUGGGUGAAAGAGAAGUGUUAUCCUGACAUCCCAGACCCUUACAAGAGCAGCAUCCUGUCAUUAAUAAAAUCCAAGGAGACCCUCACUUAACAAUAAUGAGUGUCAAAGACUGCAUUCCAGAUGCUAUUGAAGUUAUAAAUAAACCAGAAGGGACCAAGACACAACUCCUGGAGACUAGGAAGCCAGUCACAGAAAACGAAUUAACUAAGCCUAUCUACCUUUACCUCCUGCCAGAAGGAAAGGAUUCCUCUGACCCCGGCCCCUGCAUCUGUUUUGAGAACUUUACCUAUAAUCAGUCAGCUUCUGACUCUGGUUCCUGGGCCAUGUCUCAGUACCGCUUGAAGACCCACCAUGUCAGCUGGGAUUAUUGCCCUCACCCAAUAAUUUACUGAAGACACUAGAAAAAACUACAUGAACUCCCUGGGAGAAAUGCCAGCUGAAGAAACCAGUUUGAGUUAUGUGUCCCAAUUGGCUUCACCCAUACCUGGAGACAAGGACAGUCUUCCAACAAAUCCACCAGUGCCAGCACACUGU